AUGGUUGAAAAGUAUAAGGCACUGUUUGACAAACAAGUUAGAGAAAUUGAGCUUAGGAUGCCUUUAAUAGAUGCCUUUGCUUUGAUUCCUCCCUAUCAGAAAUUCCUGAAAGAUGCUGUAAUGGAAAGGAUCAAAGAAGUUCAAGGAAUAGUAGUUCUUAGCCAUGAGUGCAGUGCUAUAAUCCAAAAACAGGUAAACCCACAGAAAUUAAGGGAUCUAGGUUCUUUCACAUUGCCUUGCUCCAUUGGUCCUCUGACUUUCAACAGAUGCCUUUGUGAUUUGGGAGCUUCAGUCAGCCUAAUGCCUCUGUCAGUUGCAAAGCGCCUAGGGUUCACAAGGUACAAGCCAUGCAAUAUAUCCCUGAUCUUAGCUGAUAGAUCAGUAAGAUUGCCACAUGGUGUUUUGGAAGACUUAACAGUAAGAGUUGGAACAGUAGAAGUCCCAACAGACUUUGUAGUUCUAGAAAUGGAUGAGGAACCUAAAGAUCCUCUGAUCCUAGGAAGAUCAUUUCUAGCCACAUCAGGAGCUAUUAUAGAUGUAAGGAAGGGUAAAUUUGAUCUCAACUUGGGAGAGGACUUCAGGAUGACAUUUGACAUUUUAGAGACCAUGAAGAAACCAACAAUUGGAGAACAAUCUUUUGGGUUGAAGAUAUGGACAAAUUGGCAGGAGAGCUGA